AUGGAAACGUAUCAUGGCCAUAUACGAACACCGGCUGAUGCAAUAAAGCUGUUCGAGGCCUGUCGAUUGGGAGUUUUACCGCGUGUUCAGCGCCGUCUCUCCGAAAAAGAACGACAGUUGAUAAAGUCCGGGUCAGUCUUUGUCUGGGAUGAACGAGAGGCGGGAAUGCGAAGAUGGACUGAUGGAAAGAGUUGGAGCGCAAGCCGUGUUUCUGGAAGCUUCUUAACAUAUCGUGAGAUGGAAGGAAAGCGAGGAGGAGGACAAUUUAUCCCACCGCCUCCAAGGCAUGUAGCAGGCUCGUCCCCAGAAAGUAGUAGAGGAAGUGACGAAGAUAUGGAUGAGGAUGAGCCGGAUGGGUAUCGAUAUAAAAUGGAUGGGUUAAUGAAACAAUCGUUCAGCAUCACUACUUCUACAGGGCAGCAUCUGCAUCUUAUCAGCUAUUACUCUCGUCCUCACCCAAACGACCCGGAACUAUCUCAACCAACAUCUGAUCUUCAACUGCGCCAUAUAGUACCGGUUAAAGGGAUGUAUCCUGAAUCUACUCUACACGAAACGCAAGGACUAUCAACAUCGCGUAGUGUCACCCAAUCUAGCUCUCAUUCACAGCAACCCCAGUCGCAGCGUCUGGGAUCUUCUGUGUCGCCUUCCGCUUUGCGUUGUUCACUAUCUUACCAGUACCCUUCCUCAUCAGCUUACUCUUGGCCAUUAUCGCCCCAAUCAGCUGCAACCCAACAUUCGGAAUACCCUAACGUCGCUUAUGCCACUUCCAGUCCUUCUUGCCCUAACCCAUCGCAAUCUCAAUUAAACCGAACCUCACCAUGCGAAUCCCGCGUCAAGUUAGACUCGAAUCAUACUCAAGUCCUGGAAAAAUUCGAUCGCUACUCUCCUAACCAUUCGCAACAACCGUCACACUACUCGAUCCUGAAUUCUCUCAUAACGCCGACUCAACCAGUAGCUAUUCAUCAAAAAAAUUCUCUUCCUUCGAUUGUUUCGAAUACUGCUCAAUGUGCAAUUCGAGUUGAUUCAGCCACUGAACCAUCGAAAUGCACUCACUCCUCUCAGCAUCUAUCAGCUAUUCUUUCCCCGGCACCUGCGACAGAUUUAAAACAGAUUAAGGACACAAAAUUCCCUAACAAAAAUCUCUCUAAUUUAUCUACCACAAAAGCACAAUCUUCCUACCACACCAGUACGAAAAAUCCGAGAAACAGUAAUUCUGAAAGAUAUGUAAAAAAUGCCAGCAAGAUAAACUCACAUUUAGCAAGCAAUAUACCUUCAAUAGGGAGUUUAGUACUCGCUACGGAAUUCAUGUCAAGUUACAAGCAAACUAAUUCCGAGGAAAAUAUCAGUAGCUCGUCUCAAAGUCUAAGUGAAUCAUCGACAUUUUGGCAACAGGCAUCCCAGAACAAACACGCACACGAAGGCUUUAAAGUCAUAGGCGAAGAUCAGCGUGCUAUCCGUGUGUUGGAUCGCAGGUUUUGUGUUUAA